UCAAAGUUGUGUGAAAAGUAAAUAGACUGCUCUACAAAAUGAAGAAAAGAAUCAAUAAAUCUGAAAGAAUAUUUCAGCCAGCAGGAAGAUUGCAACGACCAAGUCAGAAACCUAAGGAUUUAAACGUGCAUGCAAGAUCCCAGUGGCAAUGGACUUGGACUAAAAUGGCACUUCUUUCGCUCUGCAUUCUCUCUGCAUCAGUACUAUUUAUUCUGCAUCUCUUCUCUGACUCUAUUGACCUCAGCCAACCAUCAGAUAUAGGUCUCAAUCACACUUUAAAUAUCUACCUCGAACCUGAAGAGGGAGUCAGAGUGGGCGUGUGGCACACUGUACCUGAACAUAGAUGGAAGGAAGCGCAGGGAAAGGACCUAGACUGGUAUGAGAAAGCUCUGGGGGACGGAUCACCCAUUUUCAUCUACCUCCAUGGCAACAGGGGUAACAGAUCUGCACCUCAUCGAAUUGGAAUUGCAAAUGUCUUGAGUGCUGUUGGAUAUCACGUUUUGGCGCUGGACUACAGAGGUUUUGGGGACUCCACUGGUGAGCCUACAGAGGCUGGUCUAUGUACUGAUGUCUUAUACUUGUACCACUGGGUUAAGGCACGCAGUGGAAACAGCCUGGUGUGUGUGUGGGGUCACUCGCUUGGUAGUGGUGUUGCCACUACCACUGCAGUGAAAUUACUAGAACAAGGAAAUCAGUUUGAUGGAAUAAUACUUGAAGGUGCAUUCCUAAAUGCGAGGAUGGAAACUAAUAAACUAACUGAACACCCUUUUACCUGGUUUUAUUGGAAGUUUCCAUACAUUCAGUACUUCUUGUUCAAUCCACUGAAAAACAAAGAUUUGAACCUUCCAACUGAUGAAAAUUUGCAAAAAAUCAGAACUCCCCUUAUGAUUCUCCAUGCUGAAGAUGACCAUUUAGUGCCCUUUGCCUCAGGUCAAGAGAUUUACAGAACUGCAAAAAAGGCCCAAAACUCAGAUGAGCGUGUCAAGCUGGUGCAAUUUGAUGCAUCACUUGGGUAUCUUCAUAAUGGGCUAUAUAAAGACCCUGGUUUGCCAGAUAUCAUAAGGGAGUUUGUGCAGUCACUGAUGACAUGAUACAUACACAAAAGGAGGGGAAUUUGCACACCAACUAAUAACUGGCUAAUUAGUUGUACAACUGGUGCUGUAACUGUAUAUUUAGCAAUUAAAACAGUAUGCACUACUUGGAUAUAAAAAAAAUUAAUAUCUAAAGGAAAUUUUUCAGAAUUGACCCCAGUGUGAAUUUAUUGUCUUGUUAAUAUUUGUAACUUUGAUUUAUUUUAAGAAUGCAAUUAAACGUUUUUCA